AUGAGGAGUGCGGAAGAGGGAAUGAAAGAGGAAGUGAAAGAGGCUGGGCAGCGGAUGGUUGAGAAGAUAGAUGAAAAGUUGAGAUUGAUGAUAAGUAAUGUGCAAGAGAUGAUGAAGGAAAUGAUGAAAGGGUUUUUUGGAGAGGGAGCUGACGGAGGUAGGUCUACUGGGUCUUGUGACGGGCCAGGAGCAGUAAAGGAAGUGGAGGAGCGAAUGGAUGAGAAUAUGAGUGAUAAAGGUGAUUUGAUUGUGAUAAGUAAGGGAAACAAGGGGAAAAGACAGGAUAAGGAUAAACCUAAGGACAAGAACAAGAAGGGGUCUGAGGAAAAGAAGAAGACUAAGGGAAAGAAGGCUAGUAAGGAUGACAGACAGGAUGAGAGUAGGACUGAAUAUGUUGGGGAAAGGGCUGAGAGUGAUUUAGAUAGUGGUGAGUGGAAACAGGUAGGAAAAAAAAAGAAGGGUAAGAUGAGCAUAAUCAAGAGCAUAGAUGUUUUUAUGGAAGUUGAUUCGUUGUAUUCAGAAGAGGUUAAGAGGGAUCGGGAUGAAAGUAGCAAGAGUGGGAGUGAGAGUGAGCAGGAAGUACGAAAGGCUGUGUAUAUGAGAGAGGUACCUCAAUGUGCACGAUAA